AUGUGGGGAGCUGGUCACUUUGCGCUUCGCUCAAUGGAAAAACUUGACUUUAAGACCCUGAAGGUUCAAUUUUACUGGGAAAGAAAGUUAUUGAACGGGGUAACCGAAAUCAAACUCUUGACAGAGCCCAAGUCUACUCCUGUUGUUUCUGGUGACACUUUCACUCUGACUACACCUGAUCCCGAUCGAUUGCCACUGCCAAGUUGGUCCCUCCUCGAAAUACAGUGGCAUCUCCAGCGCAUCGUAGCAACGAGUGGCACCGCCGAAGCGCAAGACUACCCGGAUUCUGAUGAUGACUUUGAUGAUAUUGAGGAGUGUUUGAUGUAA